AAGCACAAUUUUGUACGAUCGAUUGGCAACAGUGUAAGGGGCGCUAAAAAAACUUAUCAAUAUCACGAAGCAAGUUUUUCAAAUUUUUUGAAGCAGUCAGUUCCUGGUAAAAAAAAAGCAGGCAGACAGUUCGCAAACUAAAAUGAACUGAAUUAGCUCACAUUUGCGUUAUGUGUAAUAACUGGCAGAAGAAAUUUCCUCAGCGAAGUUCUAUUUAUAAUUCGCCAGCGAACAGAUUGCAUGAAAUCGAUGUAUUUAUUCUUCUACGAUGAAAGAGAUAGUGAAACAAAACAUAUCUAAAGUACCCAAACUGUAUUAUAUUCCUUUAAUCGGCGAUCCGCGAGAAUUCGUGUGCGGAUGGAGCGCAGCUAUGGUCAAUAUUACACUAACCUAUCCUGUAAAUAAAAUAAUAUUUCGUCAGAUGUUACACGGUAUUAGCGUGAAAAGUGCAUUUUUACAAAUAGUAGAUGAAGGAAUAGUCACCCUGUACAGAGGUAUGUUACCUCCUCUGUUACAGAAAUCAGUCUCAUCAUCGUUAAUGUUCGGUACCUACGACAUGUUUAGAAAACGUUUAUCAGAUACUCCUUUACAUCCUAUAGUAACGAAUUCCAUCUCAGCCAUCUUAGCCGGCUCCGUCGAAGCGGUGCUCACACCAUUCGAACGUAUUCAAACCCUACUUCAAGACAGCGCUUACCAAAAACAAUUCGUUAAUAUGAAACACGCCGUUAAGGUGGUAGGAAUGGAAUACGGAUUUAGGGAAUUUUAUCGAGGACUGACUCCAGUAUUAUUUAGAAAUGGACCUUCGAACGUGGUAUUUUUCCUGUUACGUGAAGAGUUCAACGAACGUAUACCGCAAUCGAAUCAUUUUUGGGGCGUUCACGCGUUUCAACAGUUUUUCGUUGGAGCCUGUAUCGGCGCUUUGAAUAGUACGCUUUUUUAUCCUUUUAACGUGGUCAAGGUUCACAUGCAGAGUAAACUAGGCGGCGAGUAUAUCUCAAUGAGGACUGCUUUUCGCGAACUUUAUAUAGAAAGGGGUAAAAAAAUAAGUAAUUUUUAUAAAGGCGUACAUAUGAAUUAUUCGCGAUCUUUUGUCAGCUGGGGUGUUAUUAAUUUAGCUUACGAACGAUUCAAGAUCAUACUAUUUAGUGAAGAUUAAAUUUUUACCCGAAAAAAAACCACGCCUACUGAAUGAAAACAUGGAACGAGAUCACUCUUAUUCCCAUUCGAGUGAAAUAAUGUCAACUUGCCACAUUCCUUUUAUGUUUUAAGUUCAGUUCGUAUAUGUUCAAAGUGGCAACUGGCAAUGUUUGAUUGAUGUUUCGAUUUAGAUAAUUUACCAAAAAAAAAAAAAAAAAAAACGUACAAGAAACGAGUACUUAUACUAUACCUAUUAUUGAUGAUACUGUAUUUUUGUAAAGUAUUAUUCUUCUUACCUACUGGUUGGAGUUUUAAAAUUUCAUAUUUUAAAUGAAGAGUGAAAAUGUACCUCGUAUUUUGAUAUUUUCAAAAUAAUAAUAUUGUGAUAAGCCAAGUCGAAUAAUUCAUCGUUACUAUCUCGGUUUUAGAUAUUGUUACCGCAAGUAAAUACGAGUAUUUGAUUUAUAAAAAUCUUGUACGAUGUACGAACCAUUUUUGCAUUUGAGUUAUCGUUUUGUGAAUUAAAAUAAACCUAUGUUAGAGUCGCGUUAAGUUCUCGUUUUAUUUAUUUACCAUGUACGUAAUUUGUUUCGUUCGUUGUGCGAUUUUUCUAGUCAGUAUUGUGGUUUUAAAAGCUUCAAUAAAGAUUAUCGUCAUUA